AUUAGGGUUAGGGCCACUUCCGAGGCCCAUAAUGGCACACGAAACUUUCAACACUUCCACCGUUCCACUGCCGGCUUCUCCACUUUCUUCCCUUACCUGUUUUCCAGGUUCUCCAACUUCUUCAUCUUCUAUUUUUAUUUUAUUUUUGUGUAUUUUUGGGAAAAACUCAAAUAAGCACUUAGCAGAGCAUGGGCGUCGAUACCAGAUGGCGCAAAUUGCAUUGAAGGUUGGCGACAUAGGAAUGAACAUAUAUAAAGCGAUUUUCCGUGCCUAUCAAAUCUUCACUUUUUGUUUGCCUUUGAUUAUGGCCUCGUACAAAUCGCUACACUCAAUUCUACAGAUCUCUCUCUCUGUAAAUUCUGAAUCUUAUUGCGUUUCGAUUUUUUUUUUUUUUUUGGGUGUAUCGUGCUUACCAUUUGGCAUUUACUCUGUUUAUUUGCUGGUUUUCUUCUAUAAAUGAGCAAGCUGUGCAAAAACCGCUUCUUGUCAAUGUCAACAUAUUAUAUGAUGAUGAUCAAUUGAUCAGCUAUGUAAUUUGUAACUGUAAGCAUAAAUCUUAGGUACAAGUAAUAUGAUGCCCAGAUUGAAACUAACCAGUUUGCAUGCGGAGAUAUCUUCUGAUUAAAAAACAGAAGGGGAUGGUAUUAACCAGAAACUUUUCCUUUUAGUGACUACUUAUUAAGACGGUCAAUUUGCAGUCACAGGGUGUCUUUUAUCUGUAAGAUGAACAAUGCCCUGUAAGAUUUAGGAUCCAUCUAAUAGAUGCACUCUUAAGUCUUAACAGCUCACUGUUUGGUUUACUUUUGAAUCCUUUAAAAGCAACUUCUUUUUUUUUUUUUUUUGACAAGUAAUAAGAGAUUUUAUUAAAGCAAGCAAAUAGUUGUAGUCCAAGUACACAGGAAAUAUACAAGCUGAAACACCUAAAUACAAGCUAGGAACUAGGAGCUAAGAGCUAAUGAAACUCCCAUUCCAUUGAGGGAAAUUAUUAGAAAAAAUAUACAGAACCGGCUACUGUGACUUCUUUGUCCCUUGCAAUCCUAAAAAGAGAAGGAAAUGCAUUCUUAAGCACCAAAUAUCAUGCCAAAAACGAAUUCACUGUCAGUGUCCACCACCAACCUUAAAUGAAACAUGAUUAAGGAAUUCCCCCAGCCAUUCUGGAUAUAUUUCCACAAGCCCACACCGUACGCACUUCUAACCUUGUUAGAACACCAACUCCCCCAAGCCCUCCCAUAUUAGCAUCAAUAAUGUUUCUCUAUAACGCCUCCCUCUCUUUAAAAGCAAUUUCACUGUAUAUUUAUCAUAAUUCCAAUAUAAUAAAAAACCAUUUCUUCUCACUUAGUGACAGCUUAUUCACUUAUGAAUCUAAUACCGAUUCUAUCUUUAUAUCAAUGAAAUAUCUUCUUACUUAUAAAAAUAAAAACAAAAAACCAAAAAGAAUUUGAUACCGAUUAGGGUUGGGAAUAACCGGGAUUGAGUCAAUUAAGGUUAGCCUAAAUUUGACCCAAUUAUUAAUUGGGUUAAUGGGUUGACUCAGUUAGCCAAAAGACAAAAGACUUGGGUCAUUUGGUUUAGUCACUCGGGUUAACCUGUGGUCUGAUUCAUAUUUUUAGUUAGAAGUUAAAUUUUAAAUUGGAAAAUGUAGCAUUUAUUUUAAAGCUUUUCCUAAGUUUUUCUUCUAUAGUCUUUGUCUUGUUAUCCAAUUGUAGGACUAAUCAAACAUAUAUAAAUAUCUUUACAUUUUUGUUUAUUUUUAAAUAGAUUAUGAUUGGUUGACUCAACUCCACACGACUCAGAUAGAUGAACGGGUUAUAUGGGUCUUGUUGUGGUCAACCUGUGAAAUAGUUGCUUUGGGUUUAGGUUGAUGUGUUUGACCCACAUAAUUAUUUGGGUCAACCCAUCACGAUCCAAUAUUAUUGACAGCCCUACUUGGACCCAUACUUAAAUGAACAAGGAUAAUGAUAGGCUUACUGUCUCCUACCACGCAUUUACUACUCCCUUUAUUUUUAUUUUUUUAUUAUUAUUUUUUAUUUAAUGGUCAAGGAAGUAACUAUUAGUGAAGUUGUAUAUUUUUUUAAAAAAAAAUUUUAAUGAUUAAGAAUAUUAAAAAAUACUUAAAAUAAAAUAAUAAAAAUUUCAAAUACACUAUAGAAUAGUAAAUGGGUGGUAGGAGGUAGUAAGCCUAUCAUUAUCCAGAACAAAAAUGGGAGGUUCAAUAGAGGCAAAUUUAUUUUGUAAAGGAGAAGAUCGGAAGAAAUGCUCAAGUUUAUAUUAUUUUCUAUUUUUGCAAGUAAUACAAUUUUUCUUUCUUUAGGUUUUUAGACCUCACUUUUACAUUCACUUGCUUUUUAGUUAGUAUUUUUUCUCUUUACUGGUGGGUGUGCCUUGUAGACUAUGAUUGAAAUGCAGUCAAACAUAUCUCUUGUGAAUAUUCAUGUAAUUUGUAUUAGAAAUGACUUUUUAUGUGAUUUCUACCUUUUGGGUUGAUUCAUUUUAGUUAACUUGAAAUAUUAACUACAAUGGAUUUCACUCAAAAAGAAACAGGAAAUCCUACACAACCAAAGAUCAUAUCUGAUACAAGUUAUAAGACUUGAAAAAAGACAUGUUUUACUGUACAGUAUUCAUGGUUUGUAAAGCACAUUUAACAAUAAAAGGGUAAAGAUACUACACUUACAAUCAAAAAGGAAAAGCCUUGAUAUUAAAAGGGGGAAAAAAGGGAGGUCUAAAGUUGUUACAUUGCAACAUUCAUGUCACAUCCUUGGAAAUGUGUUGUGUUUGCAUUGAGUUUUAGUGACCUAAUUUUCUCUAGUUGAGAUCGGGUAAUCUUUUUUAUUUUAUUUUUUGAUUGGCAGUGUCCAAGAAUAGUGUCUCGACUAAUCCUAAGGUGCAUAAACCCUAGGCUAGGAGUUUCCCGCAAGUGCACCUUGGGUAAUUCAAGAGGAAAAUCCCCUAGUCCGAUGGCCCCUAGAGAUUGUUUACACCCAAGGAAAUUUGAACCUUAGACCUGGGGGGAGCAAACUCCCAAACCCAAGGCCUUUACCACUUGAGCCAACCCUUUUUUAUUUAAACACUUUCUACAAUUUGGAGAGAUAUAAAUACAUGAUGUGGAUUUCAUUACAUUCAGUGUUGGAUAUGACACUAUUCAUGGAUAUCAUUUAAUGUUUUGAGAUCAACAGAUUGUGUGUAUCUCUCUUCGAAUUGUAGAAAGUGUUUGAAUCAAAAAAUUGUAGAGGAUUUCUAUUGUUCUUUUUUAUUUUAUAUAGGAAAUUGAUUGGGACACGAGAGUUAUGCACGGGAUGUGUAUAGGAUGUAUAAUUUUUUUUUACUGUUUAUGUAUUGUUCAUGAAUUAAUGAAUAUUCUGUGGACAGUGCAUGAACAGUAAAAACUUACAUUCCCAUGUACACCCUAUGUAUUACCUUCUGUGGAUGUAUCAUUACUCCUAUAUGUUGCUUGUAUUUAAAGUUCGAGCGGUGGAAGUCUUUCAAGCUCAAAUCGAAACUCAUAAAACUUGGCAAGUUUGGCUCGUAUAAGAUUUUGGUUCAAUUCGAUUUAUAGAAAAUAUGAAUUGAGCUUGACUUGGAAUCCGGGUUGUAAUUGAGUUGAAUACUCAAUCAAGCUCACUUGACUUUUGAAUCUUUAAAGUUUUUUAUUUUCCAACUUUAAAAGUGAUGAUAGAUUCAUGUAAUAAUUGAUAUAAAUUAAAUGAAUUGAAAUUGCAAAAAUCAUACUAACACAUUAUUGCAAUUUAUUCAGAUAAUAUUGUAUAUAUAUAUAUGCACACUGGAUAUAUAACAUAUUUUUAUUUGUGUAUUACAAUGCAUACUAAUGAGAUUGCGAUUGAAUAUUAGUAUAGUCGAUUUGUGUUUUAUUUAAGGUGUAUUGUUUAUUAAUCAAUCAUAAUUUCAUAUUUACGCAUGUUCUCAUUUACCUGAAAAGAAUUAUACCCGAACUCUAUUAUUGAACAAAUCAAGCUUGAGUCAUGUUAAUCAAGUUGAACUUGAGCUGCCUGUACAAAUUACACUUCCAACCGAUGUGACAUGCCUGCCACCAGAAGCAUCUAUCCCUUGCUUAUUUGAAAAUUUUUGUCUAUCUAGUUGGUUGUUGUCUUGAUUGUUCAUGAUCAUGAAGAGAAAAUGAUGCUUCUUGAUCUGGGCCAAUUGAAACCUAUAGCUUCUGAUGGUGUGCGAGGUUAUUCACCGAAACCUGGCUAUCCAUAAGGUAAAUUACAAUGGCCAACGUUCAUGAAUAACAAAGGGGAAGAAAAGUGGGGAGAUGCAGGUAGCUACCAAAAUUUUGGUAUAAAUUUGCAGUUUUCAGAUGGUAUGAAGUGGUGGUUAGGUGACCUGAUUGAGUUUUCAAUUUAAGGUCAAUUUUCUGCUCCGUGGUUGCUUGCUGAUUUCUGUUGUAUAUUUAUAUAUGGAAGUACAGGUUGCAGCAGUUUUAGGAAGUCUGAUACUUGAUGUCCGAUGAUUCAAGUAAGACAUAGACUUUAACGUCUUAAAAUGUAAUGGUAUGGAUUUAUUUUAUUAAUGGCAAAUCUUACCUGAUUUAGUCUGUUAAGUUUACCAAAUACACCGUAGUUGGAUGUAGACAGCCGAAAAUACCAAGUGCAGCCUUUUGGGCUUUUUGUAUAAAGAAGCCCCCUCCAUUGCUUAACUCCAACUGCAACUUAAAACUAGACUUUUGAGACGCACCAAAAGUUAUUCAAAGUACUUUCCAUGGCCUUAAGAGGGAUUGGCAUGGCUCUGGCCUUGGUCCUAUUCAGCAUGCUGUUGGCAAGAUCUGCUGCUCAAUCAGGCUGCAUCAGUGUGCUCCUUGGCAUGUCUCCAUGCCUUAACUACAUCACUGGGAGCUCCUCAACCCCAUCUUCUUCCUGCUGCUCACAGCUUGCGAGUGUUGUAAAAUCCCAGCCACAAUGCCUUUGUACGGCUUUUAAUGGUGGUGGUGCAGCAUUGGGCAUUACAAUCAACCGGACGCUUGCUCAUGCACUCCCGGGUGCUUGCAAUGUGCAAACUCUGCCCAUCAGCCGGUGCAAUGCUGCUAAUGGACCUGCAUCAUCAUCCCCUGUGGCUUCCCCAGUUGGUUCGCCAGAAGGGUUGCCUGGUACCUCUUCAAAUGAAUCUUCAAACUUUUCAACUAGCCCAUCGGAAUCAGGAGCUGGAUCUAAAACAGUUCCAACUACCGGUGCAAGCUCUUCCAACGGUGCUGUUGUGGAAAUGCCUCUUCAACUCGUCCUUCUGGCCAUCUUCAUGGCCGCAUAUAGUUUACUUUGCUGCAGCUUCUGAGUUUUCUUUGGGAUUUCUUGGAGAGUUAACUAUCACUAUUCGAGUGCUUUUCUGGCUUUAAUGUAAUAUCUAAUACAUACUUUGGUUAACUAAAGCAUCUUUCUCCAGGACUUUGGUUUGCCGUGCGGUUAAAGUACCAACCUUUAUCCCUUCCGUGUGAUCCUGCUCAUUACAAUAUAUUCCAGUGUUCCUCUAUCUUACCAUAUUCAUGAAUGGUGCUUCUCUCUA